AUGUCUGGUAACAGCGAAUCACCAGAGUCAAGUCCAUCGAUAAAUAAAAGCGAAGCAAGUGAUGCCUUAGCUAAGGUAUGUAACUAUGACUGUGAAUGUAUAAACAGGAGCCUAACAACUGAACUUGAAGGUAUUAAAUUAGACAUAGCAAUUUUGGAAGGCAAAUUAUUACCCGAAGUAAUUUCCCAAAAUGCUUCGAACACUAACUUACUUAAAGCUAAACAAGAAAAUAUGGAAGCCAUUAUACAGCAUCAAGAAUAA